AUGGAGGCGCCCCACGAGCAAGAAAAAGUUGUCAGAUCGCAGGAAGCCGCCGUCAAUGACACGGAGGUUGGGGCAAACGACCUCGCGAGAUGGCAUCCGGCAAAGUGGCAGAGCAAUGUCACGAUCGUGAGCUGUUAUAUUGCCAAUUUCAGCGACGGACUGCAAAACUCGCUUGCUAAUCCUACUAAUGUAAUUUUCAAGAAACUUCUUGGCACUGGCUACUCGUCUGAUAUGAAAACUCGGAUGAGCAAUUCAGUUAUAGUCGGGGCGAUCCUGGGAGUUGUCGUGUUUGGUUUCACGUCGGACCUGUUCUCUCGACGAGGUGGCUUGCUUGUGACGUCUUCCUUGGUAACCAUAGGCACGUUGAUGUCGACUCUCGCUCUCCAGGUGCAUCCAUCGCAUAACAUGCUUUGGUUCAUGGUUAUCACUAGAGGUAUAGCGGGAUUUGGCGUGGGAGGCGAAUACCCGCCGAGCGCCGCGGCAGGCCUGGAGGAAUCUGAUGAGGUGACCAAGAGAUAUCGCGGACCUCUAUUUGUGUCGUUCACCACUUUGAUGGCGACGCUUGCCGGUCCCAUCUUGCAGAUCAUAUACUUCAUCUGCCUGGUAGCGAGCGGUAAUAACGUGACCGUGGCGUAUCAUGCGAUAUACUCCAUUGCGACAUUAGUUCCUUUGUUUAUUGUCGUGCUUCGUCUUCUUAUGGUGGACUCUGCGUUAUUCCACCAGUCAAACCUGAAGAAGCAAAGACGCUCGCCACGGCUGUACCUAGACCUGGUGCGCCGAUACUGGUGGCGCAUAUUCACCACGUCCCUCGCCUUCUUUCUGUACGACUUCAUCAAUUUCCCAAACAGUAUCAUGUCGAGCACAAUUAUCUCGUCGCUGGUGAAGGAUGGUGAUAUUCGCCAAACUGCCACUUGGCAAGUCAUUCUCGCCGUUCUCCCGGUGCCAGGAGUCAUGAUCGGCGCCUGGCUCACAAAUGCCAUCGGCAGACGCAACACUGGAAUCGCAGGAUUUGCCGGCUACGUGGUGCUUGGAUUCAUUAUUGGGGGAACGUACUCAAAGCUGUCAAAGCACAUCGCGGCUUUUGUGGUCCUCUAUGGCUUGUUACAAGCGUUCGGCCAUAUGGGCCCUGGGGCAACGAUUGGGCUGAUCUCGUCGGAAAGUUUCCCUACUGCUAUCCGAGGAAUGGGCUAUGGAAUCGCAACCGCGUUUGGGAGGACGGGGGCUGCUGUAGGGACUCAGUGCUUCACGCCCCUGGAAGACGCGGCCGGCACCAGUUCCACUUUCUACCUCGCUGGGGGCGUCGCUGUGCUUGGUAUCAUUGUUUAUUGUUUCCUGCCCGAAAGCAGCAAAAUGAACCUUGCUAAAGAAGAUAGGGAACUGGAGGCAUACUUGGCUCAGCAUGGCUACGAGCUGGAGAAUAAUUCCUGA